CCCGGCACCGAAUCACUGACUCGCCCAGGUGUCGGGGUGAGUGUGAGGGCGGGGAGUCUCCGGGCUGGAGACGUCUCAAAACCCAGGGAAUAGACCGCAUAGCUCCGGCUCGGAACUCUAGCCUGGCCUCCAGGAGCGUCCCUGCUGCUGUGCACCAGGGCCGCACCUCCCCCGCACGCCCCGGCUUUCUAGCUAGCUGGGCCGGAAGGGAGCGGUGCACCUGCCACGUAGUGUUCCCGGACCCUGGACCCUAGGCGCGGGAAAUGUCUUCUACAGUGAGAAAAUGAUCCACAGUCUAUUUCUCAUCAACUGCUCUGGCGACAUAUUUCUAGAAAAACACUGGAAGAGCGUUGUAAGCCAGUCUGUGUGUGACUAUUUCUUUGAAGCGCAGGAGAAAGCUGCUGAUGUUGAAAAUGUACCACCUGUCAUUUCAACACCUCACCACUACCUCAUUAGUAUCUACCGGGAUAAGCUCUUCUUUGUGUCUGUGAUACAGACUGAAGUGCCGCCUCUCUUUGUAAUUGAGUUUCUGCAUCGAGUUGCUGACACUUUUCAGGACUACUUUGGUGAGUGUUCAGAGGCUGCAAUUAAGGAUAAUGUGGUCAUAGUGUAUGAGCUCUUGGAAGAAAUGUUAGACAAUGGAUUCCCACUGGCUACUGAAUCUAACAUUUUGAAAGAACUGAUUAAACCACCAACAAUUCUACGUUCUGUCGUCAAUUCUAUUACAGGCAGUAGUAAUGUUGGGGAUACACUCCCCACUGGGCAGCUGUCCAACAUCCCAUGGCGUCGAGCAGGAGUAAAGUACACAAACAAUGAAGCCUAUUUUGAUGUAGUUGAAGAGAUAGAUGCAAUUAUAGAUAAAUCAGGCUCUACAGUCUUUGCAGAAAUUCAAGGGGUCAUUGAUGCUUGCAUUAAGCUAUCUGGAAUGCCUGAUCUCUCUCUCUCUUUCAUGAACCCAAGGCUCCUAGAUGAUGUCAGCUUCCACCCAUGCAUCCGGUUCAAACGCUGGGAGUCUGAAAGAGUUUUGUCAUUCAUUCCUCCAGAUGGAAAUUUCCGACUCAUAUCGUAUCGUGUCAGCUCACAAAAUCUAGUGGCAAUACCAGUGUAUGUAAAACACAGUAUCAGCUUUAAGGAAAACAGCUCCUGUGGCAGAUUUGAUAUCACAAUUGGACCAAAACAGAAUAUGGGAAAAACGAUUGAAGGAAUAACAGUGACUGUUCACAUGCCAAAAGUUGUGCUGAAUAUGAACCUGACACCAACGCAAGGCAGCUAUACAUUUGAUCCAGUCACCAAGGUACUAGCAUGGGAUGUAGGGAAAAUUACUCCACAAAAACUCCCAGGUCUUAAAGGACUAGUAAAUUUACAGUCAGGAGCACCCAAGCCAGAAGAGAAUCCAAACCUCAACAUACAGUUUAAGAUCCAGCAGCUUGCUAUUUCAGGCUUAAAAGUAAACCGCUUGGACAUGUAUGGCGAGAAGUAUAAGCCAUUUAAAGGAGUCAAAUACGUCACAAAGGCUGGGAAGUUCCAAGUGAGGACAUGAGAAGAGGCCAGACUUACUCAAGAACAGUUUGUUUUUCAAGUGUCAUUGCAAUUUAUUACUAUUAGGUACCAAGUGGGUGGGAAUAAUAUACAGCAUUUGUGUCAAGCUACCCUGCUAACAAAGUUGCUUAGUAAUUGAUGUAGGGUUCUUAAGGAGCUUCAAGCUAAGGAAAGUUUUCUAAAGACUUAGCUUAUUUUGUAUCUUUUCACUUAGGAAAAGGUUUAGAGGAUUUCUUCAAUGGGGGCUACCAGCUGAAUGCUGCACAUUGUAACAGUCAAGGCAGAAGGCUACAGUGAUAACCUCUCUCCUAAAGCAAGCGAACUGGUCUCAUCUACCAGCAGGAACUGUCUCAGUCUGUGAUGUGUCAGGUGCAGCCAAGUGUCACACCUUCUGAUCUUAGCCAUCUCAAUCAGUGUCUAUCUCAAGAGAGGAAAUUGCCCCACCCCAAGAAGUUUACAGAAAACUGCCUCUUCAAGUGUUUGCCUUACUCAGCUUUUCACUUGUGCCAUUAAGCAAGCACUGUAGCAAAAGCCACUUGCACAUGGCCCUGGCAGGGAGCACCGCAGCUCCGUGCUCCAUUCUCACUGUACUUGGUAUUAUAUUUUUUAUAAAUAAGAUUUUUAUGUAAAGCUCAGAUUUUGAUUUACAAAGACCUUGCUGCAGUAAAUAUUCCAUCAAUCUUGUGCCACCAGUUCAGCUGUCAGAUAGCACAGUCAAAUCAUUUGCAUCAAAAGGGCAAAUACUUUAUUAAGAAAAUGAAAGGGAACACUACUUCUGCUGUUAGGGAGUUAUUGCAGGCACAAGUAUUUGUGCUUUUAAACAAAUUAAAGUAGUAAAAAAGAAAAAUCAAGCAAAAACAUUUGCCAUCCUCAUGUUUUAUUAAAGUUUUAUUUAAUGCCACCAACCUAGUUAGCUUGAAAUCCUAGUUUAGCAAAAGGAGGAAAACAUGCAUUUCACUAUGUUAUUCUUUUCAAUCUUUGAUCUUUUUGUGCUUAAGUAGUUGAAAUUGUCUGUGUGCCCUGUAUUUGGGGGAGCACCUUUUCAUACUAUGUACAUCUCAAGGCCAUUGUGUGAUAGACACCUUCUCCAAACUACUGUCAAAUGCAAAUGAAGCACUCGAGUGUCUUUGCUGUGCUGUGUACAUGGAAGAACUUUACACUGAAGGACAAAGUCCUCAGUUAUGAUUUAUCCUAAUUGAUAUUUACGCUUGGAAAGCCAGUCUGUGACUCAGUCCAUUCUGCAUCCUUCGCUUAGAAAUCCUUGUGCAGUGACAAAAGAAAAUGGAGGAAGACAAAAGUGCUUGCCCUUCCUAGCCCCCUUGUCCUCCUUUGUCCUUCCUUACCAUGCUAGGUCAUGUCCUAGGCUCACUCCGUGUUGGUAGGCUGACGAUGCGGUAGCAAUGCGGCUGCAGCCCCCAUCUAAUAAGAAGGCCAACUUGCAAAACUUCAAGUAUACAUUUCUUGAAUAACCAAUCUCAGAUUGGCAAUUUUAUUUAGGUCAAAACACAAAAUAUCUAGUCCCUUUGACUAAGAUUGGUUAUCUAGUUCUAGUUUUAAUAUCUUGUUCUUUUACCUCAAAAGGAAUCACACCAGUUUUAGUUCUUCACAGUCCUUUAUCUCACAACCAUACCUAGACCGCACAGCUUCCCUCCUGUGCAGUCUUCUUGGCUAUCAAAGUAGAGCAUAUACCAAGUCUCUUCUCUCCAAGAAUUUCUGCUAAAAUAGCUAAGCAGACUGCAUUCUUUUACUGUUAAAUUGUUGUAUUUAUUAAUUUGACAGAACCCAAUAAGCCCUUUCUCUAGUUCUGGCUAUAAUGUCAAUAAAUGUAUGAGAGCAACCAACUGAU